UGAUAUGCGGACAUGGCACGUACUAAUAGGGCACGAACCGAUAUAAAUAGCCCAUGGUGCGCUGAUCUAUCGCCAGAUCCAGCCACAACACAGUGCAGUUAAUAUCAACUGAGCCAGAAAGUCAACAGCAGUACGAAACAGAGGACGAACCACUCAAAGACAACAUGGACGCCUUGAACAACAAAGACUCAAGUUUGUCACAAGAAGUGACGAUACGCCCCUACAAGCAGGAGGACUACAGCAGAUGCCGUGAAAUCUUCACUGAAGGAAUGCAACAGCUAGUUAAUCCUGUAAUGGAUAUUGUUUUUCCAAGAUACUUGAAAAUUGCAAGCGUGUUUUUGAUCCUCGUUUUGGCUGUUGCCUUUCGCUGGUCGUUGUGGAUCGUCGGAUUGUACAUCAUACUUUGUGUCAUCCUAACAGCUCUUCUUUACAUAAACAUUUACAUUCAAGUCAUGAAGUUUGUAAGCGGAUGUUUAAACUCGGAUUUGCUUGACAUUUCUGAUAGCUACAAAGGUGAUUCCUGCAUGUUCAUAGCUGAAUUUCACGGAGAAGUAGUAGGAAUGGUAGGCAUGAUGCACAGUGACCAGCACAAGCCAGGAGCUGUAGAGUUGCAGCGUAUGUCAGUGUCACGAUCCGUACGAAGAAGAGGAAUCGCUAAUUCACUUUGCAAGGAACUCAUUGCUGUUGCUAAACGAAAAGAUUUCAAUAAAAUCAUUUUGUCAACAACUGGAGCUCAAUCUGGAGCCAAAGCAUUGUACAAAAAGUGUGGUUUCCAAAUAGUUACCCAAUUUCCCUAUCCACAAAAGGUUCUAGAGGAACUGUCUUUAGAUUGCUUUGAGCUCGAGAUUUAAGCUGCCCUCGAUAACAGUUGAUCAGAUGUCGACAAGAAACUCAAGCGAAUGUAAUCUGCUCAAUUGCAAGUAUGGCGGAGAUAAUGCUGUGACCGAAAUGCUUCAAAAAGACCAAAAGAUCCAAAGWCCACUGGCCGUUGUUUUUCAUACCAAACGUGGCAGUCAUACRAACAUCAGGUUUUGAAUUGAAAAACAAUCGAAUGAUGGCGUUGGCGAUUUCAAACUUAGUUUGUCUUCUCUACCGAAGGCAAAGAAGAUUGGAUUCAAACAUGGAACUCAUACUGGCGCGGAGAUAUGAAGAAACAAGUCUUCGAUAUCCCAUCAGAACUUGGUCAACCAAACCUAAGCURACUUGGCUAACUAUCUACAAAGUCUACCUAGACACUGUAUUAAUGUGAUCGAAUUUGAACUGUAUUUGUUUUUGAUUAAAUGAAAACAGAUGAAAAUAAGAUGAGUGCAUAUAUUACAUGAAACUUACGCUUUGUAAAUAUAUGAGUAAUUUAGCCGUCUCAGUAUCAAACAAUAAACCAAUUAGAUAUAA